UUAAUAAUCUCACAGACAGUGUCUCUCUUCCCACCUAAGCUUUUUUUUUUAAUUAAGUUUGUCUACUAACCUUGUUUGUCUCUAUUACGCUCAACCAAAGCUCCACAUUGAAGCAAUCCUCCACUCUCCACUAACCCUAAAUCUCCAUGGAUCCCUAAUCGAGCUUCUCCGAGAUCCGAGUAAAAAAUGCCGAGCGUUGGCGUGAAGCUCUACAGCGUCUUCUUCAAGUUCCUUUUAAAACACCGUUUACAAAACCGGAUCCAAUCAGACUCCAUCUCAUCCUCAUCGGAUCCGUUCGGCGUCACGACCCGACCCGAAGAAUCCGUCUCCCCUCCGAACCCCUUAUUCACCGACGGCGUCGCCACCAAAGACAUCCACAUCGAUCCCCUAACCUCCCUCUCCGUCCGCAUCUUCCUCCCCGAAUCCGCUCUCAACAACCUCGCCGCCUCCGCCAAGUCUCGAACCGGAUCGGAUCUUCUCCUUAGAAGAAACAGUCACGGCUCGUCAAACUCGUUGCAACACUCUCACAAGUCCGAGUCUAGAAGAAGCAGUUACGCUCUCACCACCGCCUCCUCCUCAUCCUCCUCCUCUGCGGAGGAGGUGUUGUACAGAGGGUACGCACCGCCGUCGUCGUCGGGUGGGGAAUGCAGGAAGCUACCGGUGAUGGUGCAGUUCCACGGAGGAGGGUGGGUGAGUGGGAGCAACGACUCGGUGGCGAAUGAUUUCUUCUGUAGGAGGAUGGCGAAGCAUUGCGAUGUGAUUGUUUUGGCGGUUGGGUAUAGGCUGGCGCCGGAGAAUAGGUACCCCGCGGCGUGUGAGGACGGGUUCAAGGUGUUGCAGUGGCUUGGGAAGCAGGCCAAUCUCGCGGAUUGUAAUAAGUCCAUGUCGCGGAGAGGUGGAGGAGGAGGAGGAGAGGUGAAGAAGAAGCAUGUUGUUGAUGCUUUUGGUGCUUCUUUGGUUGAGCCUUGGCUCGCUUCUCAUGCUGAUCCUUCCAGAUGCGUGCUUCUUGGUGUGAGCUGUGGUGCCAACAUAGCUGACUACGUAUCCCGCAAAGCCAUCGAAGCUGGUCAAAAUCUAGACCCAGUCAAGGUUGUGGCUCAAGUCUUAAUGUACCCGUUCUUCAUCGGCACCGUUCCCACGCAAUCCGAGAUCAAACAAGCAAACUCCUACUUCUACGACAAACCCAUGUGCAUCCUCGCUUGGAAGCUUUUCUUACCGGAAGAAGAGUUCAGUCUGGACCACCCGGCAGCGAACCCGCUCGUUCCAGGCCGGGGCCCACCGCUCAAGUUCAUGCCACCGACGCUGACCAUCGUCGCGGAGCAUGACUGGAUGAGAGACAGAGCCAUCGCUUACUCAGAAGAGCUGAGGAAGGUCAACGUAGAUGCUCCUGUGCUGGAGUACAAAGACGCGGUUCACGAGUUUGCAACGCUCGACAUGCUUCUUAGGACUCCACAGGCUCAGGCCUGUGCAGAAGAUAUUGCCAUCUGGGUUAAGAAGUAUAUCUCUUUCCGUGGUCACGAGUUCUCAUACUAGCGAGUCUGUGUGCUUCUUUUUCACUGUGAGUAGAGUUAGUUUAGAAAAGUGUCCUGUGAGAUGGGUCGAGUCAAGAAGACUCUCGGAAGCUUUUGUUGUCACGGGGUAUUUCCCGUUAUAUUAAAACUAUAUAUUAUACGUUCUCUUGACCUA